AUGGAUGACUUAACUGCCUCGCAACAAGAAACCCUUAGUGAAUUUGCGGUUGUCACGGGCAUAUCGUUAGAUGACGCUGACACUAAGUCCAAAGCCAUAGCUUUGCUCUCGUACAACAACUACAACUUGAACAACUCAGUGCUCGCAUAUUUUGAUAAAGGAUUCGCUUUGCCUGAGCCUGAACCAGAGCCCACGGAGAACAUUUCGCUGCAAGUAGAAUCAAGCAGUGAUUUCUUUGCUACAGGACUAGAACGGUUCGAUGAGAGAAACUAUAGUAAUUUGCAGGGCGAUUUUGCCAUGGUCCACGUGUUGCCGAGAUUGGCCAAAGCACCCAGAAUCUCCACCAAGUGGCAGCUAGAUUUGGGCAUACAUAUCUCUCGUAAAGCUUUCAAAAGCACGGAGGAGAAAGAUCUACUUACAGAACAUCCGAAGCCCAAGAAACUGACAUUCCUUUGGAUAAUCUUUCUUCUCGUUCCAAAGACGCUUUCUUUCCUAUACUCGGCAUUUCGCUAUCUAUUCGGGCUCAAUCUAUCCAUUGGGUAUGACGGUGCACCCAAUUCAAAAUUUGAUUUCGAAGCCCAACAGGAAUUCCACUUUCUCUUGGGGAUACUCUGCGAUGACAGUAGUGUUCAAUUCACGCAAAAGUUGCUUGAAACCCAACGCUUCAAAGAUGUCUUUUCUAAGACGGGACAAUUAAAAGACACUCAACUAUUUGUGAAUAACGUGGAUAAGAGUCCUGAAGCUUUCGAAGUAGCGUCUACAUACAACUGCCGCAAACUCCCUUUUAUUUUCUUAAUCGGCAAUGUAUCAAAGGAUCCAUCGGUGAUGUCCUCAAUGUCGAUAAUAUACAAGGCGAAUUGUAUCCUUGGCGAUGAUGAGGAACAAGCAGCGUUGAUCAGAAAAACGGUCAAUAGUCUUUGUAAGAUUUCAAACGACUAUAACCCACAACUUGUCACUAAGCGCUUUGACAAACAAGAAAUAGAAAUGAGCCGCAUUAUAAAAGAAAAACAAGACGAGGCUUAUUUGGAGUCUCUUGAAAACGAUAAGGUUAAAAAGGUUGAGAAAGAAAAUCAACGCUUGCAACAAGAAGCCCAGAUGAAAUUAAAAGCCCUCAGAGAGGGUUUCAUCAAGUAUCUUCAUGAUACAAAGUACUUCGAAGGUCGGGUGGAUGGUGUGCCAGCAAGCAAUCUUAUAAGAAUUUCCAUUAAGCUACCGGAUGGAAGAAGAAUCUUGCAAAAGUUUCCCAAAGAAGGUGCCAUGGGUGAGAUUUACUUGUUUGUGGAAACUCUUUUAAUUGAUGAACAGGAAGUAAAAGAAAUUGAACCAAUGCAAAUGAGCGUGCCUGAAUUCCUUGAUCAGUUUAAGUUUUCCUUCGAGUUGUUCAAGCCGCUUCCCAAAUAUUGUUUGCCCAGUUCUACAGAGACGAUACAGGAUUUUGGUAAUCUUGGUUCUGGAGACAAUGUAUUGUUCGAGUAUGUUGAUUGUGAAGACAAAGACAUGGAUAUCGUUUGAAUCAAGCAUGAAAAUACGGGAUCAUGUUUUCCUCUUAGUCGAAGAUAGUGGUAGAUUAUGUACUUUAUAUGGCUCAUGUAUUAUAACAAUAUUACGAGCUAUGCGCCCCUCUAACUAAAGUUGCUAGAACAACUCUUAUCACGUGUGAUGCCUACCUGCUACAUGAAAUGGGUAUGAAGAGUCUCUUAGAUGUUUUAUGAAGUG